AUGGCUGACAUCUCCCCCGCCGAUUAUCCUGAGUACACCAAGAACAUUUCCAACAAAUCUCAGCCUCCCCUCGGCUUUGGAACCCGUCCAGCCCUGAUCAUUGUCGAUGCUCAAAAAGCAUACUGGAAUCCCGAUUCGCCUCUCUAUUUCAGUCACUAUGAGAAUGCCGCCGCUGCACCCGCCUACAUCAAGACCCUCGUAUCGUCCGCUCGAUCUGGAAAGUGUCCCGUAAUCUGGUCGCGAAUACAAUAUGAAAACGCGUCACUAAGGGACGCAGGGUUAUGGGCGAAGAAGAGGAACCACCUAGACUGUUUCCUGUCUAGUGAUUCGAGGGGUCUAGGAGACUGGAUUGAAGGGCUUGGUCCCGAAGGAGACGAUGUUUUUAUCACGAAGAAGUUCGCGAGCGCGUUCUUCGGCACAACACUUGCGACACAAUUACAGAUGCUCAAUGUAGAUACUCUGGUGAUUUGUGGUGCUCAUACCAGCGGGUCCAUUAGACAGACAACACUGGAUGCCAUGCAAAGCGGAUUUAGACCUAUCGUUGUAGCAGCGGCUUGUGCUGAUCGGACUCGAGAGACUCACUUCGCGAAUCUGUUCGAUAUUCGCGCAAAGAUGGGGGAUGUGAUUGCUGUCGAAGAAGCUUGCAAACAGCUGGAGAAAGGCUAG